CUUUGCAGCAGACAUGGCCACAGCUGGUAAGGUCAUCAAGUGCAGGGCGGCCGUGGCCUGGGAGCCCAACAAGCCUCUGUUGAUGGAAGAGAUCGAGGUGGCUCCGCCUCAGGCCAACGAGGUCCGCAUUAAGAUUGUGGCGACGGGCGUCUGCCAUACUGACCUGUACCACCUGUUCGAGGGCAUGCAUAAGGAUGGCUUCCCAACAGUGCUUGGCCACGAGGGAGCCGGCAUCAUCGAGAGUGUUGGUCCUGGAGUCACUGAAUUUCAGCCAGGAGACAAAGUCAUCCCCUUGUUCAUCGCUCAGUGCGGAGAAUGCCGCUUCUGCAAGAAUCCCAAAUCCAAUAACUGCACUGAAGGAUGGGCUGCUCUUCGCCCCGAUGUGAUGUCGCUUGAAGACACCAGGUUCACCUGUAAAGGAAAGAAGGUGUAUCAGUUCAUGGGAACCAGCACGUUCUCCGAGUACACUGUGAUGAACCAGAACGCCGUGGCCAAGAUCGACCCUGCUGCCCCGCUGGAUAGAGUGUGUCUCCUGGGCUGUGGGAUCAGCACUGGAUAUGGAGCAGCUGUCAAUACUGCCGCGGUUGAACCGGGCUCCACCUGCGCCGUGUUCGGCCUGGGAGCCGUGGGCUUGGCUGCGGUCAUGGGCUGCAAGAACGCAGGUGCCAAAAAGAUUUUUGCCAUCGACAUCAAUCCCGACAAGUUCGAGAAGGCCAAAGUGUUUGGCGCCACUGACUUCGUGAACCCCAGAGAUCACGAUAAACCCAUCAGCCAAGUGCUGAUUGAGCUGACCAACGGAGGAGUGGACUUCUCCAUCGAGUGUACCGGGAAUGUGGAGGUCAUGCGCAGUGCCUUGGAGUGUUGCGUGCAGGGUUGGGGUGUGAGUGUGAUCGUCGGAUGGACAAACAUGAACGACUUUUCAGCGAAACCCAUCCAGCUCAUCGGUGGGCGAACCUGGAAGGGCUCUCUGUUUGGAGGGUUUAAAUCCAAGGAUGGCGUACCGCAGCUGGUCAAAGAUUACUUGGUGAAGAAGGUGAAGCUGGACGAGUUCGUCACCCACAAGAUGAAUCUGGACAAGGUCAACGAUGCCAUUGAACUCAUGAAGCAUGGGAAAUGCAUCCGGACUAUUGUCAGCGUGUCUCCGCAGUAAGGCCCUGAAGGUUCUAUCUGGAGCUGACGUCUCAACAAGAAGAAUUAAUUAUACAUGAUCAUUAAAGGCAUUUAGCCUACUAGCCUUCAAAAAUCAGCACAAUGUAAUCAAACUGUGUGUAACAAU